GACGAUGCCAAUAUCAUCUUCUGUGCCCACUUCAGGACAAGCAAAAAAUCCAGUCCACAGACCCGAAGCUUCUCAUUUCCAUUUCCUCUCUCCAAAUGAAUCUAACUGAGAGAAGAAAUGCAAUAUUCCUCUCUCCCACCAUUUCAAUUUUCAUUCUCAUCAUAAUUUCAUUGGCACCGUAUUCCACUCUCAGCAUCAGAUUCCCAGAUCAGAUCUCCGAAAUUCCAAAGGAGCCAUCCAAUCGGCCCUUGAAGACAGUCAUUUUCGCCCUUGGCAGCUUCUGGAGGUCGGAGGCCCUUUUUGGAUGCUUGGACGGCGUCGUACGAACCACCGCCGGUUAUGCCGGCGGAUCAAAAUUGAAUCCGGAGUACCGAAGCUUGGGAGAUCACGCCGAGAGUGUGCAGAUUGAAUAUGAUCCCAGGAGUAUUAGUUUCAGACAACUAUUGGAGGUAUUCUGGACUAGUCAUGACUCUAGGCAAGUAUUUGGGCAAGGGCCCGAUGUGGGGAAUCAAUACAGGUCUAUAAUAUUUACUAAUGGAACUGAAGAGUAUAGUUUGGCUGCACAGAGUAAAGAAAGGGAGCAAACAAGGUCAAAGAUGAGUGUGGUGACAACACAAAUUCAACAGCUGGGAACAUUUUAUCCUGCAGAGCCCGAACAUCAGAAAUUUGAGCUCAAACGGAAUCCAUUCCUUCUUCAGUUGAUUGGUGGGAACUUGUCUGCAGAAGAGCUCGAGAGAUCUAGCCUUGCAGCAAAACUUAAUGGAUAUGCAGCUGAGCUUUGCCCACCAAGAAUGCAAAGGCAUAUUGAUGCUAAGAUCAAUGACAUUUUAAGGAAAGGUUGGCCCAUUCUAAGAGAGGUGUAAUUUGACAUUUUGCAUGUUCAACUUUGAUACAAUAUCCAAUUCAGGCUCAUUUUUGUGCAUUAAUUCACACCAAUAUCUGAAAUCUCACAAUAGCCUCCCCGUUGGCUUAAUUGGCUGAAGAUUGGCCCGUCUGAAACCGAGCUUUCUUGAUGGGGUCAUGGACGUGUUAUUUCUUGUACAAUAUUCAAAAUUGAACUGAAGCCGAUGUCACUGGAACUUGUUUUCUGUCAAAAAAUAACCCUUGGGAAUUUCUUAUG